AUUUUAAAAUUAUCCGAAUGCAUCCAUAUCAAACAAACAAAUCUCUUGUAAGUGCGCUUGGUAUUUAUUUCACUCUAUGAAAGACACGGAAAUGUUUGCAAUUGUAUCACCAUGGCAACGGAGUCAAACAAUCACGUGGUCAGAGGCAGACGUCCUCACUCUGCACCUGUCAGAUUAGGUUUAUUAGUAAUCGUGUAAUUAUUCAGAUGAUUGUGUAGAUCAUUUAGCGUCCAUUUAGGAGGCAGGAGCUAGUAUUCUCAUGCUAGCUGCUCCAGCAGAAGAGUUCAGUAAACAUGGCUUCACUUCCAAAAAGAUAUCACACCAGCACAUGACCUGAAUCUGUUUCCUGUCAUGGCCUCUGAUGGUUCACCAUCCCAAGAUUCUCAGAAGAAGAAAAAGAAGUCAAGCAGAAAGGGGAAGGGUGAAGACGUAAAGGACAAAGAGGUCCAGGUGGAGGGUCAGGUGGAGAGACUUACAGCAUGUGGACACAGCGCUCUACAACAGGGAGACAGCUCAAAGGCUCUCGAGUACUUCAAAAAGGCUUUCAAAACGGCUGUGAACCUCAAAGAGACUAAAGUACAGCGGGCUUGUGCUUUUAACCUUGGAGCAGCAUAUGUGGAGGCAGGUAAGCCCCAGAAAGGGCUUGAUUUUCUGUCACAAGCUGAGUCAAGUGAGAGAGGUGAGCGUGUAGCAGAUCUGCAGUUUAAUCUAGCAGCAGCACAUGAGGCUCUGGAUGACCAUGUGCAAGCUGUCAGACGUUACCAACAAGCUGCUCAGCUUUACCGCUCACAAGGAGAUGGGAGCAGUGAAGGGGACACCUGCAUCAGACUGGCCCACUGUCACCUGCGCAGGAAGGAGUGGACCGAUGCAGCAGAGAAUUACCUGCGUGCAGCGGAAAGCUAUAAGGUGGCAGGGAAGCUGGCCUCUGCUGCUGUGGCCCUGAAGGAUGCUGGGAAUCACAUGUUGAAAUGUGACUGCUUCUCAGCAGAUGAUGUCAUUAGUGUUCUCACAGAGUGUUUGGAGCUGAGUGCCAAAAUCACAGAACCAGAGACACUAGGAAAGCUGUAUAACUCAGUGGGGUUGAGUUUCUCUCAGUUGAAGCUCUUUCCUGAGGCUGCUGAGUGCUAUGAGCUGGCUCUGCCUCUGGUCCGCUCCACUCCUCGCAGGCUAGCUGUGGUCAUGCAGAAUCUGGGCGCGGUCCACAACUCCCUGGCACAGUACCGGAAAGCCCUGGAAUACCACAGGGAAGCAGCUGCCCUGCACGGGUCGUUAGGUAGCCGUCGAGCUCAGGGCUGCUGUUUCUGUAACCUGGCUUAUGCACUAAGUGAACUGGGGCAGCUGGAGGAGGCAGGAGAGAGCUACCUACACGCUCAACAGGCUUUCAAAGACAGCGAUGAUUCCUCAGGGCAUUGGCAAGCAUGUGAAGGUCUGGGUGGAAUCAAAAUGAGACUGAGAGACCCAGACAAAGCCAUUCUCUACUAUAAGCAGGCUCUAGCACUACUAUCCAAGUGCAAGGAUGUUGCUAGCUCUGUGCAGGAAAGCCUUGUCAACAAGCUAAGCGAGGCUUUACAGAUGAAACUGGCCAUUCAGCAGACAGGCCCCCCUGCAAGGCAAGCUAUCAGGGAGAGAAACUUGAACAGGCAACACCCACGAAUAGCUCAGAUGAGGAACACUGAGGACAUGAUGGCUGAACACAGAAGAAAAGAACCACUGAACAGUCACAGGGUAGAGGAUAAGGAAAGGAGACCUACAGAAACAUGUGGACAGAGGAAACCUCAUGGUGACAUGAUAAUAUCAUCAAGAGCAACACAAACAGAGCAUCCUGAUUACCUGAAUGCACUACCAGAAGCCAAUAGGAAUCUGAAUAACACAUAUGCGAAACCUGGUGUUGAAUAUAAGAAUCCCACAGACUCCCAUUUCGUCUCACAGCAGGAUGAAGCCAUGUGUGAAACCUCCAGACAGAACCCACUGGAAAUAACCAGUGCGCCCCCACUGGAGGAAAGCACUGAGGCCUUACCUCCAGCACAUCUUCUCAGUGAGGAGUCCACAUCCAUACACAGGAACUUAAAGUCCAGAUUCUGCACAGUCAUGUGACCACAGCCACGUCAUAUCUGUCUUUCCACUCCCAGGGAUUUUAUCCAAAAAGCUUCAGUUUCAUUUUCAAAUCGAAACUGAACUACAUUUUUCUGGGUGACCUGGAGCAAAAAGGACACGAACACAUGUCCUGUUAUAAAUAUUGAUUAAAUCUACUGAUGCCAUAUGAAAAUUUAAUCUUGAAACAAUGUGCAUAAUCUCUGAUGAUCUGCUGAUUGUCCUGCUCUCAUAAUCUAUGCAUCCAUUUUCUUCCUCACUUAGCUGCCACAAAUGAGGAAGGCAUAUUAUUAAAUCAGUGGUGUGGAUCAUACAGCAUUUCUAAUCAUAUCUCUGUGAUGAAAGUUUGCCCUAAAUGGGACUUGAAAUACUACCACUGGAUUAUUCAAUACAGCACUGCCUCCAAGACUGAUAUUGAUAUUGUGUGAAAUUAGCCUUGUUCCUAGCCUUGUUUGCCGAAGUCAGAGAGUUUGUGCCAGCUUUCUAGGACUGUGACAGUAUAGCAGUAUGAUGAUAUGCUAAGAUACUAAGGGAAUCUAAAAUAUUUAUACUGUUAACAUUAUAUAUAUCAGUGUAGGUGUGAUAAGUAGGGUAGCCUAAAUUUUAAAGAACAUACACCCAGGGAGCACUUUAUUAGGAACACUAUACUAAUACUGAGUAUAGGCCUCCCUUUGCUCUCAAAACAGCCUCAAUUGUUUGUUGCAUGGAUUUCACAAGAUGUUGGAAACAUUCCUUCGAGAUUCUGGUCCAUGUUGACAUGAUUGCAUCACGCAAUUCCUGCAGAUUUUUCAGGUGCACUUUCAUGCUGCGACUCUCCCGUUCUACCACAUCCCAAAGGUGUUCUAUUGGAUUCAGAUCUGGUGACUGGGAAGGCCACUGAAGAACAUUAAACUCAUUGUCAAGCAGAAAUUGAGAUUCAUCAGACCAGGCUACAUUUUUUCAGUCUUCAGCUGUCCAGUUUUGGUGAGCCUGUGCCCACUGCAGCCUCAGCUUUCUGUUCUUGGCUGACAGAAGUGGAACCGGAUGUGGUCUUAUGCUGUUGUAGCCCAUCUGCCUCAAGGUUCGACAUGUUAUGCAUUCUGAGAUGCUUUUUUUACUCACCACAAUUGUACAGAGUGGUUAUCUGAGUUACUGCAUCCUUUCUGUCAGCUCAAAUCAGCCUGGCCAUUCACUGUUGACCUCUCUCAUCAACAAGGCAUUUCCGUCCAUAGAACAGCUCACUGGAUGUUUUAUCUUUAUUGUACCAUUCUGAGUAAACUGUAGGGACUGUUGUGCAUGAAAAUCACAGAUGAUCAGCAGUUAUAGAAAUACUCAAACGAGCCUGUCUGGCAAAAACAAUCUUGCCACAGUUAAAAUCAGAGAUCCCACUCUGAUGGUUGAUGUGAACAUUACCUGAAGCUGCUGGCCAUAAUCUGCAUGAUUUUAUGCAUUGCACUGCUGCCACAUGAUUGGCUGAUUAGAUAAUUGUAUGAAUGAGUAGGUGUUCCUAAUAAAGUGCUCUGUGAGUGUAACGUACCAGAUGUAAAUCAGCGGAAACAUAUUUAUACACUGCAACACUCUAGACUAAGCUACAUUUAGAGAGUAAGUAUUGACUCCAUUAAAUGAUUACAACUUUCAGGCAAAACAGUGUUUAUAUUUUCUAUGACUGAUAUUGUUACUUUCACUGUUUGA